AAGAACAGGGACAAUGACCUUUUUCCUCCCAGUGUGGAUGGAUUGAUUGAUCUCUGGAACAUCGAAAGUGCGACUCGCUUCUUCGAAGAACGAUAGAUUCCAAAGCACAGCCGGAUAAUUUACCCACCUCUGCAUUGAUUGAACACUGAAUUUCCUUUCUAUAUCAACUUUUAUAGGGCGUUUCGUUUUGCUUUUGCCUAUCCCAAAAUAACGCGCUACAUCAUAUUUUCGGACGUUUGUUUUACAGUAGACUUUCAGAUUGUAUUCCCUGUCCGGACAGAAUCGCAUUAGAUAUUUCCGCCCCGUUAUGUGAUAUCUGACCGGACGGAUGUUCGCCUCUGUAUCGGUGUGAUCGGCGAUGUGGUCAUGGCAGAUUUUGGAGCCCAGAAGUGUCCGAAGAGUGAUAAGUUGGACGAGGCGCAGGCACUGGCCCGCAGCUGCGCCGGGAGACCGGACUUCUUGCCGUGCGAUGGGCUGUUAAUAUGCGCCACGCACAGCCACGGAAAGUGCUUCAAGUUGCACUGGUGCUGCCACUUGGGCUGGUGCCACUGUAAAUAUGUUUACCAGCCCAUGACCAGUGUGUGCCAGCUGCCGAGCACGGCGGUACCCUCUGACCCCUCUGAGUCCCCACCCACCAUGAACCUGUCUGUCUCCCUCACCGAACGCUUCCUGAAGAUCGCCCCCUGCUUCCAGUCCCCACCGUUCCUUCAGUCGCCCAAAUACUGUGUCAUAGCAGACCUCUUCAUCGACGACUACAUCGUCAAACGCAUCAACGGGAAGAUGUGUUAUGUUCAACGUUCUCCUCCUCCCAUCCCUGAUCCUCCUGCUGCGGCACCUCCUCCUGCUGCACCUCCUCCUGCUAGGGAGCACCACCACCACAGCCCUGUAGACAAGCUGAAAGGCCCCAAGAUGGACCACUGCUCCUCUCCAUCCAGCUCCGAGGACUCUGGGAUCAACGCGCUAGGUCGGCACUACCUGGAAUCCUGUGAGUCAGAGUCGGAGGAUCAGAAUGAAGUGUUGAGCGCCGAUGGAGAUGGGAAAUCUAGCCUCUGUAGUCUCUGGGACCAGGAUGAGACCUCUCUGUUGUCUCCCUCUAAGUCCAUGGUGGAGAUAAUCGAGAAGAUUGAGACCACUGUGUGACAGACAGACACUUCACUGAGCACACCA